UUUGGGAUGUACGAGCUGCUCCGGAGCCCCUGAAGGCAGCACGUUCAGCGCAGCGGCUCAGGUUGCCUUCACUCACUUCCGUGUCCGCAGCGAGGCUCGCGGAAGGAGAGUGGCACAGCGUGAACCUGAACUCCAGACCUGAACCCUGACCCUGAACUCCACGUCCGGGCUCCUGAACCGACUCUGCUGCUCUGCUGCUGCUCCGCGUCGCAGGCGUGACCUUUGACCUCCAUCAUGGCGUACACCUCCAUCACGACGGCCGGCGGCGUCGUGGUCGUCACGCAGGUCUUCCCUCAGGGUGACGAGGAGAAAGUGCCGAUCCUGGACCCCUCGGCGGCCCCCCUGCUGGCCCCCUCCGGCCCCGCCCGCCCGACCCCGCCCACCGCUCCGGCCAAGCCGCCCAACAUGACGGCCACCUUCCUGAAGGGGGAGCCGCAGGCGCUCGGGAUCGUGCAGAUCUUCGUGGGUCUCAUGUGUGUGUUGUUCAGUCUGACGGCGCUCGUGUCUCAUCAUCAGAUGGUCCACGCUCCGCUCGCCGCUGGCCUCGCCUUCGUCGUGUCCGGCUCUGUGGCCGUGGCGGCGAGGAGGGGAACUGCUGUGGGCCUGAUCUGGGCGACGCUGACGUGCAGCGUGGUGAGCACGCUGCUCGCCGUGGCGGCUGCCGCCUACCUCUGCACUCUGAUGGCGACGCGCGCCGGCCAAGAGGAGCUCUGCGGAGACGUGAUGUCCAAAAGCAGGAUGAGGCGGGACUGUGACAGCAUGCAGUGGCGUCUGAACCGAGUCAUGGACGGACUCCGCGGCCUCAUCCUGGCUCUGCUCGCCCUGCAGAUCUGUGUCGCCGUCUCCCUCUCGGUUUUCUCCUCUAGAGCCCUGAGCCGCCGUGGAAGCUCCGCCCCCGACACGGUGGCGGUGGAGAGCUGCGACGCUCCUGCAGUCAGCCCCACCACCGCGCUGUUGGCCAGCGUUGCCGAGGAAACGGCCUGUGAACCGCCUCCGUACUACCCCUGAGGCUGGACCACCAUACUACAGAGUACCACAGAGUACUACACAAUACUAAAGAAUACUACAAAGUACUACAAAAUACUAUAGAAUAUUACAAAGUACCACAAAAUAUUACACAUUAUUACAAAGUAGUACAAAGUGAUGACUUUCUGAGCACUUCCUCUUUCUCUGUGUGUGUGUGUGUGUGUGUGUGUGUGUGUGUGUGGGUGGGUGGGUGGGUGGGUGUGUGUGUG